UCGUUCAAGGAGCUCGAGCACCCCAAGCGCGUCUGGCUCGGCGACGAGCGCUACAUACACGCCACGGGCAUCGGCAACAUCUCGCUUCACCUCAAGCAGGACGGCAAGCUCGAGAAGGCGAUCGUCCCUGGGGUGUACUACGUCCCCGACCUCGACGGCAACCUCUUGUCCGUCUCGCACUUUGUGCGCCGGGGCUACUCCGUCAACUUCGAGCAAGGCGGCUGCGCCAUCGUCAAUGCUGCGGGAGCUCGGAUCGCCACUGCAUCUGAGAACGAGGGCCUCUACGUCCUCCAUGCGGAGCCGGUCAUCGCUGAAGAGCGAGCAUAC